CCGCUGGCCUCCUACCCUCGACCCGAGCUGCAGCCGUGCUGCGCGGCGACUCCCAGGCCCGGAGCCCAGAGCUCAGGGGGCAGUCCUUCCUGUUUGCCUGCGCCGCGAGGGGCCCAGCAGCCUAGUUUGCCCGAGGAUGCGGACAGCUGCCAGGGGCCAGAACUGGUCCGGGAGCUUGUCCUGGCCAAGGUGAAGGCUCUAUUCCUAGAUGCUUUGGGACCCCCAGCAAUGGAUGGGGAAGGUGGGAGUUCUGGAAUAAGGCGACUGCCUCGAAGACACGCUCUCGGGGGCUUCAUGCACAGGACCUCUGAAGCAGAGAAGGAGGGUGACUCUCAAGUCAUUCUUUUCCCAGCCACAGGUGCCACCUGUGAGGACCAGCCAGCUGCUGGAGGGCUUGCCCAGGAGGCUGAGGAGAGUCUCUUCACUUACGUCUUCCGGCCAUCCGAACACAUACGCAGCCAGCAGGUGACUUCCGCCCAGCUGUGGUUCCACACGGGGCUAGACAGGAAGAGCACAGUAGCCUCCAAUAGCUCUGGGCCCCUGUUAGACCUGCUGGUGCUGUCGUCCGGGGGGCCCAUGGCUGUGCCUGUGUCGUUGGGACAGGGCCCCCCACGCUGGGCUGUCCUGCACCUGGAGUCAUCUGCUUUCCCUCUGCUGACUCACCCUAUCCUAGCGUUGAUGCUGCGAUGCCCUCUGUGUUCCUGCUCAGGCAGGCCCGAAACCAUGCCGUUCCUGGUGGCCCACACUCGGCCUAGACCACCUAGCGCGGGGGAGAGGGCCCGUCGUUCAACUCCCCCCAGGCCUUGGCCUUGGUCUCCUGCAGCUUUGCGUCUGCUGCAGAGGCCUCCAGAGGAACCGGCUGCCCACGCCUACUGCCAUCGAGCUGCCCUCAACAUCUCCUUCCAGGAGCUGGGCUGGGACCGCUGGAUUGUACACCCUCCCAGUUUCAUCUUCCACUACUGCCACGGCAGCUGUGGGGUGCCCACAUCCGAUCUGCCCCUGCCAGUCCCCGGGGUUCCCCCGACCCCUGCUCAACCCCUGUUUCUGGUGCCAGGGGCCAAGCCCUGCUGUGCUGCUCUACCGGGGAGUAAGAGGUCCCUACGUGUCCGAACCACCUCAGACGGAGGUUACUCUUUCAAGUACGAGAUGGUGCCCAACCUUAUCACGCAGCACUGUGCUUGUAUCUAAAAGCAUCUUGUCACAUUAUCCGACCAUCGUGAGCUAGGAGGAAGGCAGGUUGGAAAGUAGACAGUUCCCACUCCCUCUUUACUACCCAUUUCUGUCUGAGGGCUCCGUACCCUAUUCCACUCGGGUUCCUUGGAUAACAAUAAAGAAGGAAGUGUGUGUGA